AUGAAGAAGCGACAGACGAAACUCGCGAGCGGCGCCUCGCUGCCGAUGGAGGUCGAGGCGGCGGACACAGACGGCAAAAUGGCGGCCUUCGCCAAAAAGUACAACCUCGGCAUUCCUUCCUUCAUCCAGCCCGUCUACCAGACUCUGGCUGAUGAGCUGCGGACCGUCUACAGACGCCCGCGAGAGGCGCUUUUGUCUGUCGUGAAUCUUUUGUGCGUUCUCUUCACCGCGCUGAUGCUGUGGAAAGUCCUCGUCGUGGUGUCGAACUCACCGUCGCCGGUCGUUGUGGUGCUUAGUGGCUCGAUGGAGCCUGCACUGAAGCGAGGCGACAUUCUCUUUCUGGUGGACCGCGGCCCUGAUAUCAAGGUCGGCGACAUCGUCGUGUUCAAGGUUGACGGCCGUGAGAUCCCCAUUGUUCACCGCGUUCUCUCGCUGCACGAGACGCAGAGCGGCGACAUGAACAUGCUGACAAAGGGCGACAACAACUCAGUCGACGAUCGCGGCCUCUACGCCGAGAAGCAAGUGUGGCUCAACCGGACGAACGUGAUGGGGGAGACGGUGACUUUCUUGCCUUACGCGGGUCUCGUGACGAUCGUCCUGAACGACUACCCUCUGGUGAAGUGGUGCGUCAUUAUAGGCAUGCUUUUCUUGGCGCUACUGGGCUACGAGUAG